AUGGUAACGUAUCAUGCCGCGUAUGCCGAAAAUUUGAACCGGAGAGGACAUCACUCACUCGAGUGGGCAUCACCCUCCUGUAUAAGAAGCGAUCAUGCUGCUGCUGGGCAGCUGUUGGAUGCCACGAGCCUGCACAACGGAAGGACUAUCAUUCUCCGCGUGCUGUAUAUCCGCCGCCGUGCCUUGUGCACGUUGAGGCGUGGAAGAAUGCCAGGGGAGGAGGAGGAGGAGGAGGCGGAGGAGGAGGAGGAAGAGGAGGAGGAGUCAGGCAGAGAGCGUGCGCAGAGAUCUGGACAAGCGUACACUUUGAGCCACUGA